ACUCCCCAAAAUUAUAAAACUACAGCAUUAAUUCAACUAAGCUAUGGAAAUUAAUUCUUGACAUUACAGCAGCAAUUAAUUGAAUUGUAAACUUAACUCCCCAAAAUUUAUCAUAUUUAGAAGACAACAACAGACAUUCAUAGUCACAAGAAAUAAUUCAAUAAUCUUGUUAUAAAAAAAAAAUUCAAUAAUUAAAUUAACAAUUCAGGGUAAUUUACCUCAACUUGGACAAUUUGCUCGUCCUCCUCGAAUUGAAUUUCUUCUAGUGGUGCUUCAAACUCUUUUUCUUCCAAUUGAUACCCUUCUGAAUCAAUUGCAUACUCAUACUCUUCUGCUUCCAAUUCAUAAUCGUCUGAAUCCAUUGCAUACUCAUACUCUUCUGCUUCCAAUUCAUCGGGUUCGGCUUCUCCUGCUUUUUCUUCAUCUUGGUAAACUUGUAAACCCCACCUUUCCUCCAAAUCUUCUACUUCGUUGUUACCACUGCUUUGCAUUUUUAACAAAAUUCUAGGGCUAAUUGAAAUUGCUCGCUUUUUCUCGUAGCUCUACCAAGUUCGCACAAAAUUCAAUCGAUCGCCAUAUCAAUUACCAAUUACUUCUUUUAAUACUUUUCCAAUCUUCAAUUCCUAGUUACUUUCAUCAACAAUGGUGAAAAAUUGUUAGAAACAAUGGAGUCUAAACUUUCUCUCUCUAUUAAUGGAGUUUGAAACUCUCUCUAUUAUUUGGUAAAGUAAGAGAAGUUGCCAAGUCAGCUAUUGAGUUGGAAUCCAUUGUGGCAAGUUACCAUUACAAAAUUUACUAUUCCGUUCUUGAUUUUUCUCCCGUUUUCCCAAAAUUUAGUUUACCCGCCAAAAUAGAGUUGUGAUGCUAUUCACAUGUGCAUCACUGUUAUGCAAAAAUACUUCCUCUAUUGAAAGCAAGCAAGGUCGGUGCUCUCGGUGAUUCCGUCAUUGUUACUCGUGACAAGAACAAAGCAAGAGGAAGGACGAGCUUAUUUUUGCCAUUAAAGACCAUAUGCAUUAGAGGAGGAAUAAAGACACCAAAGAAAAAGUACAGGACGAGCUGAGUUGUCCAAGAGAGAACCACGACGAAGACAAAUUUGGCAAGGACAAGAAAACACAACACUUAAAUGAUAAGGGUAUAAACGUAAUUUCCAGAUCAGGAAAGGGCAAAUGCUUCAAUUUACAGAGUAAUGGUGGGAAAACGUUACUGAAUCUAAGUAUAAUUAACGACCAACUUAACGGAGUAAUCCCAAAAAAAAUUCUUCCUUUUUGUUCCCAAUUUUUCAUUUUUUUUCCCCUCUUGGAGCUUCUCACUUCAACGCUGCACCUAUUUCUCUGUCUCUCCAUUGAAGCGUAUUCUGAGCUUUCUCUCCUCCAUUGAAGUUGCUUCUGAGUUUUUGAAUUCAGGUGUAUACUUCCAAAGGCCUGGGAGGAGUUGAGAAAUGAUUGUUUGAAGUUGCUUCAGAAUUCAAAUUUUGCCUAUAUGAUAUUCUUUUGAUGAUACUUGAUUAGAAAUUGAAGCUACUAAGUAGUUUAAGGACAACGUGCACCACCAGUCUUGAACCUCUGCCGACUGUCAUCGUUUGCACUUGGUUUGGGGCAUCCAUGGUGAUUAAUUUUCAAUCAGUGCUCAUUUUCUCAACCAUUUUACGGGUACUAUUGAUCCUCUAUGGAGAUUGGCAAGACUCCCAUAUGGAAGUUAGAUACACUGAUGUUGAUUAUCUUGUAUUUUCUGAUGCUGCUACUUUGAUGUCUUCUGGAGAGUCUCCUUUCAAAAGGACCACGUAUCGUUAUUCACCAUUGCUCGCCUUUCUACUCAUACCAAAUGCGGUUUUUCAUUACUCUUGGGGGAAAUAUCUAUUCUCAGCUGCAGAUCUGCUAGUUGGCUACUUUAUUCGUUCCAUUUUGAAGCUACGUGGAGUACCAGAGAAAAUAUGCACUUACUGCAUGAUGGCAUGGCUUUUCAACCCAUUUACCUUCACCAUUGGAACUCGUGGAAAUUGUGAACCUCUUGUUUGUGCAGUGAUCUUGUGGAUCAUUACCUGUAUUAUGAGGGGGAAGGUCUACCAAGCUGCAAUUUGGUAUGGACUUAUUGUCCACUUCCGAAUAUAUCCUAUUAUAUAUGCACUUCCCAUAAUAUUAGUUCUUGAUCCACGAUUCAUCCAAUCUGGUCAGAAGCCCAUGCUUGUGAACUGGAGCUCUCAUCAAGAAAAAUCACCUCAAUGCUUGGAUGAUACAGACCCGUCUUCGUGGACUGUGCUUGCGAGCUUUUUUUCAGGCACUAGGAUCCUGUUUGGAUUGAUAUCAGGUGCUGUCUUCCUUGGUUUCACGGGUCUCUUUUAUUACUUAUAUGGGUGGGAAUUUCUGCAUGAGGCACUACUUUACCAUCUCACACGAACUGAUCCAAGGCACAAUUUCUCCAUAUAUUUCUACCACAUAUACCUUCAUUAUGAGCAUGAGCUCUCAAUACUAGAAAAGCUCGUCUCUUUCCUGCCACAGUUUACCGUUCAGCUGGUUCUUAUGUUCAUAUAUGCCCUGGAUCUUCCCUUCUGCUUUCUUGUGCAGACAGUGGCAUUUGUAGCAUUCAAUAAGGUAAUUACGGCACAGUAUUUUGUGUGGUUCUUUUCCUUGAUACCAGUGGUAUUGCCAUGGAGUAAAAUGAAAAUGAAAUGGGAAGGACUUUCCUGUAUUGUGAUUUGGAUGGGGACUCAACUUCACUGGCUGAUGUGGGGUUACUUGUUGGAAUUCAAGGGGAAGAAUGUGUUCUUACCUCUUUGGAUUGCAAGCCUAUUAUUCUUAGCUGCUAACUGUUACGUUCUCAUUAUGAUGAUUCGCUGUCAUAGAUACUCUCCGAUAUUUCAACGCCUUAGCACUACCUUGAAAGACUCAAAAGGGCGAUUAAAAGUCAAGUAAGCAAUUAGAGCUUUGAGAUAGUUAGAUUUCAGGUAAUUUCUUGUAACUUUUGUUGCUACAUGUAUGAGUUAGAUAAUUUGUUAUCAAAUGAAUUAAUACUCCUUUUCCCUCAUGCUAUGUUGCAAUAUUGCAAAAAGAAUGGUGAUUUUUGAAUUAUAUGGACAAAUUGCUCUGACUUUCACAUUCCCAAUGAAAA